UCAGUUCAAAGCAAAACAAACGACACACAUGGACCACAAUCAAACGUGUAAAAAAACUCAAAUUUUACAAUAUGCUUGCUACAAAUAGGGCUUUUUCCAUCCUAGGACUCACCUUCAGUUCAUUUAGAAGGUUAUUUAUGCCUGCAGCUCGCACAAAUAAUGGAUAUUUAAAGAGAAAUUUUCAUAUAUCUCGAGGGCCUUUAUUAACAGGUGAUUACGAAUGGCAGGAUCCAAAAUCGCCCGAGGAAGUGGUGAAUAUAACAUACAUAGACUCCAAGGGAAACAGAACAGAAGUAAAAGGCAAAGUAGGUGAUAAUGUGAUGUAUCUUGCUCACCGGUACAACAUACCCAUAGAAGGCGCCUGUGAAGCUUCAUUAGCCUGCUCAACAUGUCAUGUGUAUGUCAAAGAUGAAUAUAUGGAUAAGUUGAAUGAACCAGAAGAAAAAGAAGAUGAUAUGCUUGACAUGGCUCCCUUCUUACAAGAAAAUUCGAGAUUAGGUUGUCAGAUUAUUCUAACCAAGGACCUUGAAGGACUUGAGGUCACUCUUCCUAAAGCUACAAGAAACUUUUAUGUGGAUGGCCAUGUACCUCAACCUCAUUAGAUUAGACAAUUAACUUUAAUCUUAAGAAUUUAUUCAAUAUAUAGAGGUUAUCAGUCAGCUAAGCAUCUGAUAUUGCUGCGUAUUUCUACGAGUCAUGGAGCAUUUUGGCAAACCUAUAGGUGAGCCAAUGCAAAGCCGUAUCAGAUGCUUAGCCUACUAAUAAGUUGCUUGUCAUUGUAUUCUGCAAAGAAAUGCUCAAACUCUCUCUAUACCCUAUUGUACCCAGCACAAGCAGGCGAUGAGCAGUGCUGAUACAGUUUCAUAUCAGGCAUGGCCUUUUUCCAUAUCACACACUUUCUUUGCAGAAUUAAAUGAUAAAAAGCUUAAUAGCCCUUAAACAAAAAUUGUUUCAAGUCGAGGCAUUUUUGUGUCAAUAUCAAAAUGCCUAAAAACUGACCCAAAUGCAACAAUAAUGUUUGAAGGAAAUAGAGUGUAACUCUUAAUCUAUUGUCUUGCUUGGAAAAAAUAAAAGCUGAUACUAUUCUUUUUGUUAGGGGGGUGGGGGGAGAUUACAAUAAGUUACUGUAUUUAUCAAUUUUUAUCAUAAAUGAAAUAAUAUUAAUUUCAUUCCAAGAUAAUACUAUACAAUGCACAUCUAUUUUAAUUCUGUUUUAUAAAUAAAAUUUCUGCAUUAAAACUGCAUUAACACCAGCGAAUGUUUUAAGCAUGAUGGAUAUUUUUUGAAAAAGAUGUUUAUAAUUUAUCUAAAGCUUUAGAAAUAUUAUUAUUUUCUAAUCUGUAGGGGUGGGGUUGGUCUGAAGAGAGUUUAGGACUCGUACUUCCUAGUUCUAUUACAGUGCGGAGACUCGAACCAUGAACACAAUCUGCAAGGUUUUUUUGACAUUUUUUCAUAACUCUGCAAUCAAAGCUGUCUGUAGAAACAAAGGAAUCAAGCAUUUUUAGGUGCCAUCCAAUCACACCAAAUAGCAGAAAAUCUUUAGAUGUUUUAUUUUUAGCUCACUCAGUAGAAACUUUCAAUAAUUUACAGAAAUUAAUAAAAAUAUUGUUCAUUGACGAAGUAGCUGUUGUAUGAAAUAAUUGAUACACUUUAUAUUGUAAAUUUUUAAAAACUUUAAUUGCAACAAUAACCCAAGAGACUCUGAAAUUGCACGAAAAAAUGUUGGAACCUCCAUAAGAAUCUGUCUUCUGAUUGGAUGAUUYGAAAAAUGUUAAAAAAACUUGAAGCGUUCUUGGUUCUUGUGUGCGCACAGUAAUUAGUUUGAACAACCUCCAUGGAAUGUGAUUAUUUUCUCUAAAUCAUAUGAAAAGGAAUUUUGGUUACUUGUAUUUAUAACUGAAGCUUAGUACUAAUUUUUAAUCAUAAUAAAUGUUGYACG